AUGUUCUUUCUCACAGGGCUAAACACCUCUCUCUUUGUGGACGACUUCUCUGAGUUUUAUGACUCGUUAAAUGCCUCAAACUCCACAAACUUCACUACUUUCAGGGUGGACCAAAAAACCCAGCCUUGUGAAGCCAUGGUCACAUCCCUCCUGGUCAACGUGGGUGUGUGCAUAUUCUACGUGCUUGUCUUCCUGCUGGCCAUCCCUGGGAACCUUAUCGUGGGGGUGGUCAUCGUCUCCAGCAAGCAGCCCCUCCUACCAUCGGACCUGUAUCUGCUCCACCUGGCAGUAGCUGACAUCCUAUUGGCCCUGACCCUGCCCUUCUGGGCGGUGGUGGCCAUCCAGGGCUGGGUGCUGGGCAACGCCCUAUGCAAGCUGGUGAGUCUUGUGCAGGAGGUGACCUUCUACAGCAGCAUCCUGUUCCUGGCCUGCAUCAGCGUGGACCGAUACAUGGUGAUCGUGCGCGCCAUGGAGACCAGGCGCGAGCGCCGGCAGGCCCGCAGCUGGGCCGCGUGCGUCGCCGUCUGGACGCUAGGGGGCGCCCUCUCGCUCCCCGCCUUCUUCAGCACCGCCUUCCGGCCGCAGGGCUCGGAGAGGAUGGUGUGCGCCGAGCACUACGACCCGGACAGCGCCGACCAGUGGCGGCUGGCGACCCGGCUGCUGCGGCACAGCCUGGGAUUCGUGCUGCCGCUGUCCAUCAUGCUGUCGUGCUACGGCGUGACGGCGGCGCGCCUCCUCCGCACGCGCGGCUUCCAGAAGCAGCGCGCCAUGAGGGUGAUCGUGGCGGUGGUGGCCGCCUUCCUGCUGUGCUGGACGCCCUACCACCUGGCGCUGAUGGCCGAGACGCUGCUGCGCGCGAGGGUGCUGCCCAACGAGUGCGCGGCCCGCGCCUCCGUCGACCUCGCCACCUUCGCGGGGCAGAGCCUCGGCCUGCUGCACUGCUGCGUCAACCCCGUCCUCUACGCCUUCGUCGGGGAGAAGUUCCGCCGGAACCUGCUGCGCCUGCUCCAUAGGAAAGGGGUGGUGGAGCGCCCGUCCGUGCCACGGGCCGGCCGGCCCGCCUCGCAGUCCUCCGAUGGCACCUCUGUCGUGUGA